GUACGUCAAGUCCACGGGGGCGUCGACCUACUUUUUCACGCUUGCGCAAUUCUAUGUUGUGAUUUUGACAGUAUCAACAUGUCUGCCUCCAUAGUGCGAGCGACCGUCCGGGCGGUCAAUAAAAGAAAGAUUUUAGCCACACGAGCAGCGUUAACGUUGACUCCAGCAGCUGUGAACAAGAUCAGAACUCUGCUGCAGGACAAACCAGAAUAUAUCGGUUUAAAAGUCGGAGUGAGAACACGCGGCUGCAACGGACUGACGUACACACUGAACUACACAAAAGAGAAGGACAAAUCUGAUGAGGAGGUGCUGCAGGACGGUGUGACAGUCUUUAUUGAGAAAAAGGCUCAACUGACCCUUCUGGGAACUGAGAUGGACUUUGUGGAGUCAAAGCUGUCUAGUGAGUUUAUCUUCAACAAUCCUAACAUCAAGGGGACGUGUGGCUGUGGAGAAAGCUUCAACAUAUGAGAAGCUCCUCGCCUCCAUCACGCUGUGACCUCCCUGCAUCCGAGACGCUGCUGGCGAGGAAAUCUGUCGACGCGUGGACAUCUACCUCCUCCUGCCGUGGCCCCUCCUGCAGACCACUCACACAGGCGUAAAAUCCAAGUUUGAAUAUUUUUAGCCUUGAAGGAGAAAUGGAAACACGCUUCUCAAAUCCAUUUAGUCAGAAAUAAAUUGAUUCUGAUGUUAUUUUUGUUGUAGACUCUACAUUAUAAGAAAAAAAAGCUUUUAAUGUGGAUGGAUUUCUAUUUUUACACAUUUGUGGACUUAUUUUCUUAGACCUUCAGCCAAUUCUUCACAAAACGAUGGGAAAAAAAAUGGUCCAAGAAUGUAAUUCAGCAGUUGAUGUUGGUAAGUUCCCCAUCAGCUGUUACUGAACCGCUCUACUCAGCAGGUGUAGUCAGGCAGUGUUACGCAGAAAACAUGGAGGAGUCUGUGUCUGGAAGCUGUUUUACCGUUCUGUAAAGGUAAAACUCUAUUUAUCUGUGUGUACAUACAAGUUGUAAAUUCUUUGACCAUCACAUGCGCACAAACAAAACGCAGCAAACGCACAAACGAAAGCAACCCUCCAUAAAGUACACAGGUUUCUAAUUCUAACUUUGAUCGGUCAAAGUGAGACUUUAGGGUUUUUAAGGACUUCAGUGCUUUAAGGAUUUGUAACCUGUGCAAUAUGCCUCUGUAUAUAUGAAAGAAAUAAAAGCUAAUGUAAUAAUGUA